GCGCGCUCCCGACUACUGCCCGGUUACAGCGUGGCGCGCGCCUAAAAACCGCACUCGUGUAGGGGCGGAUCGGGUUUUUUUUUUUGACACAAGCAGCCUCCGUGGAAUUACGAUUUGUCCAGGAUCGGUGCAGAAUUUAAGUGUCCUUCAUCUCCUCCAGCAGAUCCAUCUUGAAAAUCUGCAGUUUGUACGCGAGGUUUGACGCGCGGAGUGAACGCCGGGUGCUGCGCUGCUUUUGUGUGGAUGUAAAUGAUGCUGCGUGCCCGGUAAACGCGGCGUGUCCGUACGCGCCGAUGACAAUAGACGAACGCGCACGGUAAAGAAGAGAAGCGAACGGGAAGAACAGUGAUCAUGUCUCUGAGCAGGAGCAUCGAGCUCGAGCACUUUGACGAACGAGACCGGCACCGCUCGAAGCGUGCGGCGGGCGCGGGCGGUGCGGGCGGCGCAGGCUCCCAGCAGGGCUCCCGGGCGAGCAGUCUGGUGCCCAGCCCCGCACACAGCGCCAACUGCAGCUUCUACCGCACCCGCACGCUCCAGGCGCUCAGCUCCGAGAAGAGGGCCAAGAAGGUUCGGUUCUACCGGAAUGGAGACCGCUAUUUCAAGGGUCUGGUGUACGCGGUGUCCAGCGACCGCUUCAGGUCUAUGGACGCACUGCUGGCCGAGCUGACGCGCGCGCUCGCCGACAACCUGCACCUGCCGCAAGGUGUGCGCAACAUCUACACCGCGGACGGCGCCAAGAAGAUCAGCAGUCUGGAGGAGCUCGCCGAAGGUGAGAGUUAUGUGUGCGCCUCCAACGAGCCCUACAGGAAAGUGGACUACACGAAGAACGUGAACCCUAACUGGGGCUCCAGGAUGGCGGGGGCGGGGUCUGUGGUGGCAGCGGGGCCUGUGGGCGGGGCCGUGCGUCCGACAGUUCAGCGUAUUGUGGGGGAAUCGCGGGAGUCUAAAGACUUUAUCAAACCCAAGCUGGUGACGGUGAUCCGCAGCGGCGUCAAGCCCAGGAAGGCGGUGCGGAUCCUGCUUAAUAAGAAGACGGCGCACUCCUUUGAGCAGGUGCUAGCAGACAUCACAGAGGCCAUCAAGCUGGAUUCGGGAGUGGUGAAACGGCUGUACACACUCGACGGCAAACAGGUAAAUCAAGCAGCACUAGAGUCCAUCAUCUGCAGCUGGAUUUAAC